AUGGCGGCAACGUUGAACAUGGUUCAACCCCAGAUUCCCAAAUUAGAGAAACACAAUUAUGGGAAUUGGAGUAUUCAGAUGCGAGUCUUGUUGCAAUCACAAGAGUUGUGGGAUAUUGUUCAAGACGGCUACACCGAACCUGCCUCCCAAGAAGCCGAAGAUGCCCUGACGAACAACCAGAAGAACGCCCUCAGAGAUGCAAGGAAACGAGACAAGAAGGCGUUGUUCAAUAUCUAUCAAGGUAUUGAUGAAACUAUGUUCGAGAAAGUAAGUGCAGCCACCACGUCAAAACAAGCCUGGGAGAUUUUGAAGAAUUCUUUCACCGGCGUUGAUAAGGCGAUACGAGUUCGACUGCAGAUCCUACGUGGCGAGUUUGAAAGUUUGUCCAUGUCUGAAACGGAGAACAUUUCAGACUAUUUCACAAGAACAUUAGUUAUUGUGAAUCAAAUGAAAAGGCAAGGAGAGAUAAUUGAAAAUGUUCGUGUCAUUGAGAAAAUUCUUCGGUCCUUGACGUCGAUAUUUGAGCACGUCGUUGCGGCAAUCGAAGAAUCAAAAGAUCUUAACAUUAUGUCAAUCGACCAGUUGCAGAGCAGCUUGGAAGUCCACGAGCAACGCAUGAAGAAAAAGACCACUCCGUCACCUGAGCAUAUGCUAGAAGCAAAGAUGUCGAUACAAGAAGACAAGAAGUUUUAG